AUGGAGAACAAUAAGCAACAUUUUCGUCAUAUUUUACUUUUUUACUAUAGAAAAGGUAAAAAUGCUGUAAAAGCCAGAAAGAAAUUAAUCGAUGUCUAUGGAGAAGUAGUGUUGACGGUGUACGCCAGUGCCAGAAUUUGGUUUGCAAAAUUUCGAUUCGGCAAUUUUGAUGUCGAAGAUGCACCACGUUCUGGAAGGCCAGUUGAAGCUAAUAAAGACACGAUAAAGGCAUUAGUUGAUGCAAACCGGCAAAUAACAACACGUGAGAUCGGUGAGAGGUUGAAUUUAUUAAAUUUAACUGUUUAUGGCCACUUGAAAGGACUGGGUUUAACCUCAAAACUCGAUAUAUGGCUGGACAAAUUGAAUGAUGCACUUCAACAGAAAAGGCCAGAAUUAAUCAACAGAAAAGGUGUAAUGUUCCAUCAAGAUAAAUGCGAUACCUCAUACAAGUUUGGUCAUUCGCCAAAAGCUUUUACAACUUGA